UUUCAAUGAUUAGCCGAACAGGUGUGGACUAUAAAUUGAUCCGUUGACGGAUACUGCAUAUCAUUCACUUCUUGCUAUCUCAGCGACAAAGAACCCACCUCAGUUCAAAAACUUUUAAAAAUAUUUACAAAAAUGGCAUUCAAGUUUGUAUUCGCACUCGCCUUCGUCGCCGUUGCCAGCGCUGGCUAUGUACCAGUUGCUCCAGCAUACCACGCCGCACCAGCCGUCGCCGUGCACGCAGCACCUGUAGCUCAUUCAGAGGAAUACGAUCCUCAUCCUCAAUACAAAUACUCUUAUGGUGUUGAGGACAAGCUGACCGGUGAUGCCAAGAGCCAAGUGGAGGAACGUGAUGGUGAUGUGGUCCGCGGUGAAUACUCCCUCAUUGACGCUGAUGGUUACAAACGCACUGUUCAAUACACUUCGGAUGAUGUGAAUGGUUUCAACGCCGUCGUCAGCCGUGAACCUUUGGUUAAGUCCGUGGCCGUCGCUCCAGUUGUAAAGACCGUUGCUCCUGUUGCCCACUACGCUGCUCCAGUUGCUCACUACGCCGCUCCUUCCGCUCACUACUCAGCUCCUGCUGUAGUCAAGACUGUUGCCCCAGUUGCUCACUACGCCGCUCCAGUCGCUCACUACUCAGCCCCUGCUGUGGUCAAGACCGUUGCCCCAGUUGCUCAUUAUGCUCCUGCUCCAGUGGCUCACUACGCCGCUCCUGCAGCUCAUUACUCUGCACCAGCCUCUCAUUAUGCAGCUUACUCAUCUCCGGCUGUCGAGUACCAUCAUUUGGUUAUCGCAUUUCUACUGGUGGCUGCCGUUAGUGCCGGAGUUUUAGUACCACAACCGCUACAUCACUACAGUAAUCAAGUAGAGGAAUACGAUCCUCAUCCUCAAUACAAAUUCUCUUAUGGUGUUGAUGACAAAGUGACAGGUGAUUCCAAGAGUCAAUACGAAGAGCGCGAUGGUGAUAUGGUGCAUGGCCACUACUCUUUGAUAGAUGCUGAUGGCUUCAAGCGCACAGUUCAUUAUACCUCCGAUCCACAUAAUGGUUUCAAUGCGGUCGUAAGCCGUGAACCAUUGGUGAAGGUAGCCCAAGUUGCUCCAGUGGCGCAUUAUGCUCACGAACCCGCAGUUGUUCACAAUGCUCCUGAUUAUCAUUAUCGUCACUACUGACAGUUGAACUUAUGCGUAUACCUAACUGUAUUUAUUUUUAUUAUUUUGUUUGCAUGUAUUUGUUUGUUUUAUAAAUGUUUUUGA